GGUGGCGGCGGUGGUGGUAGCAGCGGCCACGGCGACGGCGACGGCGACGGCGGCGGCGGGGAAGAAGCGAGAGGCGAAGGCGGAGUAACAUACGCAGCGGCGGCGUAGUAUCGCACAGGAAAUGAUGGCAACGCGUGAGAACCCGUCGGACCGCGCUGUCGACGGGUGGUGAACGUGUGGUCGAGCGCGCGCGAUCGUGCUGUCCGCUCCGGACUAGAGGCGGAUUCCGCCGCCGGGGAUCUUCGUGUGUGUCUCCCGUCACUCGACUCAAAGUGCCAUUUCGUAUAUAUAUAUACAAUAUAUAUAUAUAUAUAUAUACCUAUAUCCAGUAGAUAUCAGAGUUGGGGGAGGCGCGUGCACGCGCGUUUACUCUGUCUAUCUCUCUCUAUCCUUUUUCACCUACUACGGACACACGCCUCGCUCGACGUUCGUUCAUCGCUUCCAUUGUGGAGAACGCGCGACUCUGGGCUCGCUCGGCUCCGCGUGUUCCUGGUCCUGGUAGUCCCUUGGUGACGAGGAGAAACGACCGCGUCGGGAGUGACCGACCUGGCGAACGUAUCGACGCUUUGUGACAGUUGUGUUAGUUUAUUGUUUUCAUCGAAGGUGCCAUGUACCCGACAAUGACGGCACUCGGAUUCCACAGUUGCUCGAGAACAUUCUUGUGAGAGAGAGAGAGAGAGAGAGAAAGAGUGACCGGUGAAGAAAACACUUGAGUGAAGGAAAACUUCAGGGCGAGACAGCGCCGUUUGUCCGGAAGAGGACGCGUAAAAAAAGAAAAAGAAAGUGCAAGACGCACGAGAGAGUGUGUGCGUGUGUGUGCGCUGAAAAGUACAAGUGUGUGUGCGUGUGUGUGUAAGAGAGAAAGAGAGACUAAGAUGCCUGACAGUGCGAUGGAAGAGGAUCUCCAGGGUCCAGAAUGGCUGUUCGGUGAGCUGAGAUCACAGAACGGUCCCAGCAAGCUUCUUAUUCUGGACUGUAGGGCACCGUCGGACUUCUCGGACGCUCACAUAAGAGGCUCGGUACCGCUGACCAUACCCAGUAUCAUGCUACGAAGAUUGGCUGCUGGUAAAGUGGACCUCCUGUCCACGAUACGGUGCCUGGACCUGAGAAACCGAGUGGAGACGUUUCUGUGCGGGGACGCGAACCGGAGGGGGACGUUUGUACUGAUUGGUGAUUCCUCAGACACGGGUCAUCAGGGUGAAACGUUGCAAGUUUUGAGCCGGCGACUUAAGAGCAGUGGAGGGAACAUAGCUUUUUUAAUCGGUGGUUUUGAAGCAUUUAGAGAUAAAUAUCCAGAGUGGUGCGAAGGUAGUCAAGCCACUAAUGAGUGUGACCCAGGUCAGGACAAUAACGAUGGUGAAUUAAUGGGCCUUAGAUCCCUUCGAAUAUCCACUCCACCAACCAGGUCUUAUUCAGACUCUGACAGUGACAGCACGUGUGAUUCAAUUGGUCUACCCGAGGAAGAUAAAGAUUUUCCAGUAGAAAUUUUACCUCAUUUGUACCUCGGUAACGCGGCCAACAGCGAGGACCGCGAAUCUUUAGCGCGGCACAGGAUACAGUACAUACUCAACGUGACACCGGAUUUACCAAAUGUAUUUGAAAGCGGUGGCUCAAUAAAAUACAUGCAGAUACCGAUAAGCGAUCACUGGAGUCAAAACUUGGCUAGUUUCUUCCCACAGGCGAUUCAGUUUAUAGAAGAGGCACGGAACUCAGAUAAGGGAGUGCUGGUGCAUUGUUUGGCCGGAAUUUCUCGGUCCGUCACGAUCACCGUGGCUUAUCUUAUGCACAAGUGCAGCCUCAGUCUCAAUGACGCUUUCAACCUAGUACGUAGUAGAAAGUCCAAUAUCGCACCGAAUUUUCACUUUAUGGAGCAGUUGUACAGCUUCGAGCAGGAAUUGAGGGAUCGAGGGGGAGAGAACAAAAAUACUGACCAAAGGUGCAUCGGGGCGUGUCGGCCCGAUGGGCCCUGCAAUUGCCCGGCGCCCAGCUUCCUGAGUCCCCUUGAUCUGGGACUCAGUCCCGAUUCCGGAAUCGAGUUUGACAGGUGGGCGUCAAGCACACCGGCCGAAUGAGACAGACUUGAUGGGGAUACCCAAUACAAAUUCUAGGUCUCUCCGCAACAGGGGAAUUAUCAGGGAAAUCCUGAUUGAAGUGUUAUGAUAACGCGCUUUAUCACUUUUGAUAUGUGAGACGAGCAUUGAAGAAUCCGCUCUUCGUGGUAUAUCUCCAGAUGAAAUGGGAUAUACCUUAGACGCGUUUGGCGGAUGCGCAGAUGUUAGCUUUUAGAAGCAGUUCGGAGUUAGUUACCGCGCCGCGAUAUUUCUCUUUCGUUUCAUUCUAUCGAGUCUCUCAUUCCUAGCGUAGCUACAUACAGCAAUAUUUAUUAAAGAUACAUAAAUUAUUUAAAUUAUGAUUAAACUGAUUUAAAAAAAAUUAGUUUCUAAGAACACGUGUGCGUGUGUACCGCAACAGUCGUUCAAUACUCAACGUAAUAUAGAAGAAAAGGUGCAAGGAAAAUACUUUCGCUAAAAUUUAGAAAUAAUUUAGGAAUGGGGGAUUAAUGUACUUGAAAAGAAAAAAAUAUAUCUCUUAUUAGAAAAAAAAUUAUCUCUUUGUUAGGCGAUUAGCUUUUCAGCGUUCAGUAAUAAUGUGCUUCAAUAUAUUUCUGCAGUGACGAUAUCUGCUGGUAUCGUGAAAUUUUCGAUUACGAAAGUACGUUAUGUUAUAUCGUCAAAUCAUGCUGAUGCAUGUACGUCGUGUUGUGACUUAGGGAAAGAGUGAAUGAUAUGACUGUUAAUGCCCUUCUGUGAAAAAGAAGAAGCAACGUUUAUAAUGAUCUUUUCUGAAUUGUUGUGGCAGCAAAGGACAUUAAAAGUAUUUUGUAAAAUGAGAUCUUGUAAUUUCUCAACACGCAACAGUCGCGCGAUUGUAAUUGUACAUUCUGAUGUUAUGCUUCCAAGUUUUGAGAAAUCUUUAGCUCAUAUAAUUGCAAAUGGUAUGCGAGAUAUAUCGGAUUCAAGCACUGUAUUCUCGUGAGGUAUAAAAUAAUGCAUACCAAUAUACCUCGAGAGCUCUAGAACAUACAUACAUAUAUAUAUAUAUAUAUAUACACACAUAUAUAUAUAUUUUAAUACUUCUUUCCCCAAAUCCUUCAAUUAAUGAGGCUGUGUUUAUUUUAUCGCAAGCGAUAUUUCAUGCGCUAAGUAAUCUUUAAACGACGAGUUCCCACCAGACGAUUAACAGUAGACGAAGAUAAACAUCACCGCUUAGUAUGCUAAGUUCUGUGGUACAAAAUUAAGGGAAAUCCUGUACACAUAGGGACAAAUUUAAAGUUUCACGCGAGCACGAAAUCGAUUCUUAAAAAAGCGACAGUUUAUUCGCGAUAUUCGCGUAAACUAUUAAGAAAGCACAGAUAUUUUCUUUCGGAAGCUGGCAUUUCCGAAGUCUGAAGACCCAGGUAAAGGUCAAAGUUUAUUCAACUAAUUCUUAAAUCCGCUACUGAGCUUCUACUCAAUUGUAGUAGUUUGUGUAAAAAGUAAAAUUUUUGUAACGAGUAAUUUUCGAUGUAGUUUUUCGACACGUUAAAGUAACUUACAUCAGGUAAUCGCCUCAAUGCAUUCUGACCUUCGAGAUAUGCGAAAGGUAUAUGCACGUUGCCUCAGGUACAUAUGCCAGUAACUUAAGUUUAAGGGAGGACACAUCUUAGGAAUCAGUGCAUUUCUGUAGGGCAUUCCGAAUCUCUCCUACUCAUGAGAAAAACCAGGUUUGUCACUGGUUUUAACGGAGUUAGAAAAACUUGCGUCCAAGUCAUUCGGAAAUGGUAUAUGAAAGCGUUACUUAAAAAUUUUAUUCUUUAUUCAUUUGGAAAGCAAGUUUUAAAGAAAUGGUUAAAAUAUGAAACAGAAAUUAAUUUAUUAUAAUAUAAAAGAAUUAAAUUUUAGUAUGCUAUCACUAAUAAUAGACAUAUUUAAAAAUAUCAUAAAUAGACGUUUCUUAAAGCUCUUAUUUUGUAAAAAUAUUUUUUAAGUACAUCUUGUUUUAUUGCAUCACGGUUUCUCGGUCUCAAGAGCUUUCAAUUACAGCUUUUUAUCCGAGAAAAAUGUUAAUUAUUAAAGUAACGCUUUCAAAUAUUAGAAGUUUUAUUGUCAUGCGACUCCGUCGUCAUUGUUACAUACAGAAAUCUGAAAGAUAAUGGUUCCUGCACGAUAAAUUUUUGCUGGCAUCAGAACAUUAACUCUUCGGGUUUUUUAUAUAGAUACUUUUCUACACAAGGACGUUGAGCCUGUGCAUUCGUAUGAAAAAUCACAUUGCUAGUAAUAACUCGUGCGCUAAAUUGGAUUCUGAAUUGUAUGAAUCAGCACUGUUUCUAUUAUCUUACAGAUCUCAGAUAUAUAUUGAAAGUUAUUUUUGUAAAGAAAAAAAGAAAAAAAAAGAAAGAAAUGUAUUCACAUUCCCGAGCCAAAAUGGCCUGACACUGUAACUACCUUUCAUCUAUUAUAUGUAUCGUUCAUUGAGCAUAAUUGAAGUUAAUAUGAGUGUAUACAAAUGAAUGUUAUUUUUGGUGUAAUAAUUAACUGCAAGAGUUACGAUUAAUAGCUCGUGGCUAUUGUGGGAGUAAAUUGAUAUAUAACUAAGGAAAUAUAUAUAUACAUUAUAUAUAUAUAUAUAUAUAUAUAUUUGACGUUAAUGUAAUAACAAUAUUCUACUAUUACACUGUUGUCUGUUGUAUGUUUAAUGGGUGCGUGUGCCCGAGAAAUUUAAUCAAAUAUUAUAUGUGUAUAUUAUAUAAAUUAUUAUUUUAUAUUCAUCGUUGUAUAUAUAUUUUAACUAAUUUUUAUUAGAAGUACAACUUAUCCUACUUAAUGUAAGCAAUCGAUUGUCAUUUAAGCAGGUCAUUAACAUUCCAUGCAGGUAAAUUUGUCUCUCAUUUUUCAAAUUUGGCGACUUGAUAAAAUGAAUAUAUGCGUCAUAGAAUGUGUUGUACGCAUUUAUACAUUGGAAUAUAAUAUCGUAUCUGUCAUGGUAAUAAUAAUCUUAUUUAGUUUCUGUAAUCUGAAUAUGUAACAAUUGUUGUCCAUACAUUGCAAACACAUUAAGACAUUUUCGUACUUCUGAUAUAUCAAAUCGAUAAUAAAAUCUAGAAAGAAACUUUCUUCGAAUUUUGUGUUAUCGAUAUAUAUUAUAAAAUAUCUAUUAUGUACCUCUUGACAACAUGUUCAUUUACUAAAGGAUAUUUAUGUAUGCUUUACGACAAAAUGAAAAAUUAAAAGUACGUAAAAGCACUAAA